AUGCGUAUUCGCCUACAGCCUCGCAGGAGACCACAAGGUAAGCGACCCCCAGGUAAGCUGAAUGUUGCCUUGUUGUCUUUGCCCGCUCACCACCUUCAUUUCAGCAAUGAGCUAGCUCAACGGCUAGACAACCUUCCUAUCGCUGCCGCCGCCGACCACGCCGCAGCCGCUGCCGAGAUCGCCACCGUGGAGAACCGCUGGUGUCAACUGCGAGACACGGUCCAGUCGACGGCGCUCGCCGUCCUCGGUCGCGCUCCCCGCCAACACCAGGACUGGUUCGACGACAACGACGCCGCCAUCAGAAAUCUGCUAGCUGAGAAGAACCGCCUACACAAAGCCUACGUAGAUCACCCCACUGAUGCCACCAAAGCUGCCUUCUACCGCAGUCGCCGCCAACUUCAGCAACGACUGCGCGAGAUGCAGGACGUCUGGACUGCUCGCAAAGCUGAGGAGAUCCAAGGGUACGCGGACCGCAACGAAUGGAAGAACUUCUUCUCUGCGAUCAAAGCUGUCUACGGUCCGCCGACGAAGGGCACCGCUCCUCUCCUCAGCGCCGACGGCAACACUCUCCUGACUGAGAAGACGCAAAUCCUGCAGCGAUGGGCCGAGCAUUUCCGAGGCGUCCUUAACCGCCCCUCCGUCAUCUCCGACGCGGCCAUCGAGCGUUUGCCGCAAGUGGAGACCAACGUGGACCUCGACCUCCCGCCAUCUCUCCAGGAGACCAUCAGGGCCGUGCAGCAGCUCUCCAGCGGGAAAGCACCCGGAUCGGACGCGAUCCCUGCUGAGGUCUACAAGCACGGAGGUCCCCAACUAAUGGAUCACCUGACUGCGCUCUUCCAAGAGAUGUGGCGUCAAGAUGAAGUCCCGCAAGAUUUCAAAGACGCAACCAUCGUGCAUCUCUACAAGCGCAAAGGGAAUCGCCAAGUCUGCGACAAUCACCGCGGCAUCUCCCUACUGAAAAUCGCCGGGAAGAUCUUCGCACGAAUCCUCCUCAACCGCCUCAAUAACCAUCUGGAACAGGGCCUUCUGCCGGAAAGCCAAUGCGGCUUCCGUCGUCAUCGUGGGACCACGGAUAUGAUCUUCGCCGCCCGUCAACUUCAGGAGAAGUGUCAGGAGAUGCGGACCCACCUGUACUCUACCUUCGUGGACCUGACGAAAGCCUUCGACACGGUGAAUCGUAAGGACUGUGGAAGAUCAUGCAGAAAUUCGGCUGUCCGGAGCGAUUCACUCAGACGGUGCGUCAGCUGCACGACGGUAUGAUGGCGCGAGUCACGGACAACGGAGCUGUCUCAGAGGCAUUCGCAGUGACCAAUGGAGUGAAGCAGGGCUGCGUACUGGCGCCUACCCUCUUCAGUCUUAUGUUCUCUGCCAUGCUGAUGGACGCCUACCGCGACGAACGCCCAGGGAUCCGCACCGCCCACAGGACGGACGGUCACCUCCUGAAUCAACGGCGGAUGCACUUCAAAUCGCGCGUAUCCACAACCACCGUGCACGAACUCCUCUUCGCCGACGACUGCGCCCUGAACACCACCUCGGAAGAGGAGAUGCAACGCAGCAUGGACUUAUUCGCCGCCGCCUGCGAGAACUUCGGUCUGGUCAUCAACACACAGAAGACGGUGAUGAUGCACCAACCGCCACCCAACUCGGCCACAGCCCCCAACGCGCCGCCGCAAAUCAGCGUGAAUGGGACCCAACUGGAAGUGGUGGAGAACUUCCCGUACCUGGGCAGUACUCUCUCCCGCAACACCUAG